UAUUGUGAAACAAUUUCAUCAUCUACUUCAACUGCGUCUUCUUCACUUUACUUUUGGGUUUUGUUUUUCAGCGUUUUUCAGCUUAGCUAAUCUAUGAUUCUCUUCGUGAUAGAUCGACCUCUUCUACAACUCCACCCCCUCCUUCAAGAAACGAGCUGAGUCCAACGCUUCGGUUCCCGUUCCGGCCAGAGCUGAGAAAUUUGCUCAAAGUUUUUUUAAUUAUUUGAGAGAAGUUUCUUAUGCGUCUCAGUUCUUAGCUUGUUGGGGGGCAUGGUGGUGGGUUUGCUUGCUGUUAUUGGUGCACUGUCUGGAGCUUGAUUCAAUGGCCAAACUUUUAUAUAACCAUUGAAUGAGCAUGGUGAAAUUCCUUAUAAUCUUUCCGGGCCCGGAAGGGGUGGAUAACUAUGACUUGCCACCAAUUGUUCCCUUUCUGAUUGUCCCAUGAUCAACCUCUACCUUAUGAUAACGCGAUAACAACGUCAGUGUUCUUUCCGUGUUUUGAUGGCAGGCGCAAGGGCGAUGCGUAUUUCUAAAAGAUCUUCAAGAAGUACAUACGCAAUGACAGAUUUCUGCAUUCUUUUGAUUCAAAUAAGGAGAGGAAUUUUGAUUACAAUUUUCAAUUCAAAUUGUUUGAAGUUGGAGAGACCAAGAAUUGGGCACCCUCUACAGACUGCAGUACUACUACUCUUGCUGAGGUCUAUUUCAGUUCCUCUCUACUCUCUCAAUCUUCAUAACUUGCUUUUUUUAUGUCUAUCAAUCUAUCUAUCUUCACAUUUAUAUAUUAGAAUAGACUUAAAUCACUUACUACUUGAUUAUAAGGCUAUUUCCUUUAGCACUUAUUUGUGGUAAUGAUCAUGUGGUUUCACCAAUGAACUCACAUCCUUGGACGGCAAGAGGACUCAAUAGAGCUCAGUAUAUAACUCAAAAUCUAUUCUACAAACACAUCUUUUUUACCCUAUUGAGCAUAAUGUAAAUAGAUUUGGUAUAAAUGUAAACAGAUUUUAAUAUAUUUCGCACAUUAAACACGGUUUCAAAACCCAGAAUAUCGCACGGGCUGAAUUGCUAGUAGUUUCCUAUUUGAACCGAUGGGUUGGGUUGCUGGGAUUUAGAUGUUUAGUCACUGGUCAUGGGUCCGAGUUGUUUGAUCAACUCGAAUCAUGCAUAUCUGUCACACACAAAUAAAUAAAUAAAUAAAAAUAAAAAUAAACAACAUUUUAUACGAAAGAGAUUUAAAAGCGCGCGGACCGAACCAUGUUCUCCACCAAUCCUAAAAGUGAUCGAAUAUUGGCUAUAAAUGAGCUGAAGCAUCUCAGACCAAUCCUACCAAAGGCACCCAAGUUUUGUCCCGUAUCUAAUAUUCUCUACCAAUUUCUGGGAUUUCCAGUUGGUAUAUAUAAUACAUAUCUAGCACCCUCAUUCCCCAAGCUAGAACUUGAAAUGGCAUGUCGGAAUGAGAGGUGCAAUGGGUGUGGACGGCAACUUCUUGUGCCAUCAGAAGCACAAAUCAUUCGCUGUGAUGCGUGUGAAGGCAUCACCCGCAUUAGUAGAUCAUCCGUCAAUCCUCUGAUCCGAGCAGGCCAAGAUACAAUAAACCACACUGUCAACCGUGUUAAAAGCCGAAUGACUAGAGUGAUGUCCAUGCCCUCCCCGAAUGCUGCCCGCCCUGCUAAUCCUCAAUACUACCAGCAUCAGCUGUCCCAGCCAUUUGUACCAAAACCCUUGAUGCCUCCUUCGGCGUAUGGAAGAAAGCGCGCGGUGCUGUGUGGAGUGAGUUACAAUGGGAAAAGUUACAAGCUCAAAGGAACUGUGAACGAUGUUCACUGCAUGAAAUACUUUCUUGUUGACAGAUUGGGCUUUCCAAAUCAUUCCGUACUCUUGCUCACAGAACAUGAGACGGACCCUUUUAGGAUCCCAACAAAACAAAACAUGCGAAUGGCGUUACAGUGGUUGGUGCAGGGCUGCCAAUCAGGAGACUCGUUGGUGUUCUACUUCUCCGGCCAUGGCUCAACCCAGCCUGACUAUUCGAUGGAUGAGAUUGACGGCAUCGAUGAAACGGUGUGCCCUGUUGAUUUUGAGACCGAGGGGAUGAUCAUUGAUGAUGAAAUUAACGCCACCAUUGUUAGGCCACUGCCCCAUGGUGCCAAACUUCAUGCCAUUAUCGAUGCCUGCCAUAGUGGAACUGUUCUUGAUCUACGAUUUCUUUGCCGGAUCAACAGAGAAGGACACUAUGUGUGGGAAGAUCAUCAAUUCUCACCUACUUAUAAAGGCACAAGUGGUGGAAUAGCCGUCUCCAUAAGCUCUUGUGACGAUCAUCAAAAGUCUGCAGACACUACGGCUUUAUCUGGAGACACUUCGACGGGUGCCUUGACUUAUAGCUUUAUCCAAGCAGCGGAUAAUAAUCGCGGAUCGACAUAUGGCUUUCUGCUGAAUGCUAUGCGCCAUAAAAUUCGUGAAGCUAAAACUGGCGUUGAGAUGGAGCCCCAGUUGACAUCUUCUGAGAGAUUUGACAUUUAUUCAACACCAAUGGUGCUGUAACUUGAAAUUUAUAAGUGAUAAAAAUAGAUCUAUCAUUCUUACUAUCAUACUGUAACACAUUAUUAAGUGAUUAAUAACUCCUGCUACAGUGGCAGCCUAUGUGUACCGCAAUGUGCGUUAAUCAAUAUGCAUAAGUAUAAGUUUGUAUUCAAUCUUUUUUUAUUCCA